AUGGCAGAGGUAGGCCUCCGGAGCUGCUUUCAACGCCAUCCCCAGGAGCGUCACCCAGGCCUCUCUGGACCCACGUGCCCCUGGAGCCCCCGCUACCUGCAGAGCUGCAGCGUCAUCUACGCAGGGCCCUUCAGUGCCGUGGCCGAGCUGCUUCACAAUGCUUUGUAUCGCAGUGUGACAGCUAAGCUUUUCUGUAUUGAUGUUGCAGAGCUCAAGGGUCACCUUUGUCUAACUUUUACAGAUAAUGGGGCAGGAAUGACUCCUCACAAACUCUACUGCAUGUUCAGCUUCGGUUUCAUGGAGAAGGCUGUGAAGAGAGACCACCCAUCCAUUGGAUUCUAUGGCUUCAAGUCUGGCUCCAUGUGGCUGGGGAAGGAUGCCAUCAUCUUCACCAAGACUGGAGGGGCUCUCAGUGUGGGGCUGCUUUCCCAGACCUACAUGGACUGUGUCCAUGCUGAGACAGUGAUUAUCCCACUGGUGUCAUUCAACCAGCAAAAUGAGAAAGUGAUUGUUACUGAAGACUCUGUGCCUAGCCUGGAGGCCAUUCUGGAGCAUACCCUCUUCAACACCAGGGAGGAGCUGCUGGCACAGUUUGAUGCUGUUCCAGGUAAAAAGGGCAUGCGCAUCCUCAUCUGGAACAUUCACAGAAAUAAAGAUGGGAAGCUGGAGCUGGAUUUUGAUACGGAUGAGCAUGAUAUUGGGAUAGCAGACUUCCUUGCAGGCGAUGGGGAGAUUCCCAGCAGAAAGGCAUACUGCAAUAUCUUGCACCUGAAGCCUCGCGUGCAGAUUGUCCUGCAACAAGAAGGUGAACUGAUCACCAAGAGCCUGGCCAACAUUGAAUAUGAUUUUUACAAGCCAAGAUUCAUUAGCAAAAGGGUGAAGAUCACCUUUGGAUUCACCUGCAAGAACAAAAGCCACUACGGGAUCAUGAUGUACCACAACAACCAGCUCAUCAGAUCCUAUGAGAAGGUGGGCUGUCAAAGGAAGGUGAGUAGGGGAGGAGGUGUAGGUAUGAUUGGUGUAAUUGAAUGCAACUUCCUGAAUCGAGCACACAACAAAGAGGACUUUGAAGAAGGCAAAGAGUACCAAUGGAGACCAGACCAGACAUGGGUAUGAUGUGAAGAGUGUCUGAAGUGGAGGAAGCUCCCUGACCCUACAUUGUUACCAGAAAGCUGGUUUUGUCGUCUCCAUCCCCUCCCCAAAUACAACUCAACAGGAGAUCAGAAGGAGACUGGUGUGGUCCAAGGAAAGCUGGAAAAGCAAAUGCCAAACUUAAUAGCAAAAAGACAGGCUUCAGACUUCACUGUGUGGCAGAAGUGGAAAGCAAAGCUGGCGAGGUCUGCAGAGGAGAAGGCUGAACUGACAGAGAGACUCAAGAAUAGAGAGAUGCACUUAGGGGUGCUGAGGGAGGCACAGGUUUCCUGCAGGGGCUCAGAGAAAGAAGACGUGAAGAGUGUUAUGGAGAAACUGAAGAACCUGCGUAUGAAUGUGAGCUGGCUUCUCUUCUUCAUCCUCCCCCACUUGGAGCUCCAGGAUAUUAACUUUGAGUCGGAUCAGGUGGAUGAGAUCUUGCAGACCAUACUGGAGGAGACAAACCUCAUGUUGGAGUAG